AAGUUCAAUUCACAAAUUAUGCGAAAACGCAAACAAUUACAAUUUCAAAAUUUUUUCUCAAAUAUAAAACAUACUAAAAUAAUGGAAAACUUAAGUAACAUAAUUUUUUCCUUUGGAAAGAAGAAGUAAAGGCAUUCGUUGUUCAAGCAACCAACUUUGCAGUCCGGUCAAAGACAAUUGUAAGAUGAAGUCAACAAUCAAGUCAACAAUUCUAUUGGCAUUAUUGGUUUCCCACGGUUUGCAGUUCAUUUCUACCGCAGGACUAAGGGUGGAAGCAAGAGAUACCGAUUUGGGUGAAUCCGACUACCAAUGUCCCGAUGAACUUUAUGUCGCUCCACACGAAACCCAAUGCAACUUGUACUACAUCUGCGGUGCGGGAGGCACUCCCACUCACUUGUAUCAGUGUCGAGACGACCUUUUGUUUGACCUGCAAUAUUAUGGAUGCAAUUAUAAAGAAUUGGUGGAUUGCGGAGACCGCGUACCAUUUGCUUGCCCUUCUCCUAACGGAAAUUUCCCUGUCAAAGAAGGAGCCUGUGAUUCAAAUUACUACGUUUGCACCAAUGGUGUCCCUAUGAAAGAUACUUGUCCGGACGGAGGUAUCUUUGACGCAUCCUUGUCUUCAUGCGCCGCACCAGGAAUAAUUAUUUGUCCAACCACGACUACAGUGACUCCACGUACCACACCACCACGUAUCACACCAGGACCGUUUGAGUGUCCAGAAACAAACGGUUAUUUUUCCAGUCCUUACUCCUGCUCUCAGUUCUAUAUUUGUCAAGAUGGAACACCUAUUCUUAAUGAUUGUCCCACGGGACUUUACUACAACGCUGUUCUCAAUAUUUGUGAUUGGCCGUAUAACGUUGAUUGCAAAAUACCAAAUGCAUUUUGACGAAGUCGUUUUUUUAACCACGAUAAAUUGCAACUUCAUUUAUAAUGCUGAACUAUGAAAAAUACAUUUUCUCUACACGCUA